UUGAGAAGAAAAAGAGAUCUCAAGAAAAUGAGAUAAUUAUAUAAUUAGAUUUAAUAUCCCGAAAAUGGCAGUCCGUGGGUUGGUGAGACGUCAGCAGCAUUUCCUAGAAGCAGCCCUGUUGAUACCGGUUGAUAAACAUCAGCUCACCUUUAGAGUUUGGCAAUCAGCUGCUGCAGCUACAAGGACAAGGUUAGAGAACAGUCUAGAAGAGAUCCGAGAGGCUGGAACCUGGAAAUCUGAGAGAAUUAUCACAUCUCGCCAGGAUGUAAACAUUACAGUGGAGGGUCGAAGUGAAAUCUUAAACUUCUGCGCCAACAACUACUUGGGUUUAUCCAGUCAUCCGCUUGUAAUACAGGCUGGUAUUGAUGCUCUGAAAACACAUGGUGCAGGACUUUCUUCUGUGAGGUUUAUUUGUGGAACUCAAGAUAUUCAUAAGGAUUUAGAGGAUAAAAUCUCCAGGUUUCAUGAGCGUGAGGAUACUAUUCUCUAUGCAUCUUGUUUCGAUGCUAACGCAGGACUUUUCGAACAGCUCUGCGGACCUGAGGAUGUGAUAAUAUCAGAUGAGUUGAAUCAUGCAUCUAUUAUUGACGGGAUUAGGUUGUGUAAAGCAAAGAAGUUUAGAUAUUUGCACAAGAAUAUGAAAGACUUAGAAGAAAAACUUAUUCAGUCCCAGGAUGGGAGAAGUAGAUUGAUAGUUACAGACGGAGUGUUCUCUAUGGAUGGCAAUGUGUGUCCUUUACCCGAAAUAAAGGCUCUGGCAGAAAAAUACAAUGCAAUGAUAUUUAUUGAUGAAUGCCAUGCGACUGGAUUUUUUGGGAAAACAGGCCGAGGAACAGAGGAGUUCUUCGGUAUGAAGGGAAGUGUUGAUAUUAUAAACUCUACCCUUGGAAAAGCACUGGGUGGGGCAGCUGGUGGAUACACAACUGCUUCUAAACCUCUCAUUGAUCUUCUUAGGCAGAGAUCCAGACCCUAUCUAUUCUCGAAUUCUCUUCCUCCUCCAGUGGUUGCCUGUGCUAGCCAAGUGUUUACAAUGCUUCUGGAGGAUUCUAGUCUUGUUCAAAGUAUUAUAAACAAUACUAAGAGGUUCCGAACUGCAAUGACGUCAGCUGGGUUUACUAUAUCCGGAGAUGAUCAUGCUAUCUGUCCAGUCAUGCUUGGAGAUGCUAAACUUGCAUCAACCUUUGCAGAUAUGAUGCUAGCAGAGGGAAUAUACGUAAUUGGGUUCAGUUUCCCUGUGGUUCCUAAGGGUAAAGCAAGAAUCAGGGUUCAGAUCAGUGCUGCUCAUACUACGGAAGAUAUUGAUAGAACAGUUGCAGCAUUUGUCAAAGUUGGAAAGAGUUUAGGAGUGAUCUAAUCCGGAGAACUUCAUCUAGGAUUCUAUCCGAAAACUCUGAAUCUAACAAAGCUUCUGUUUUUUUUUGGGUUUUAAACAAUGUGUGUUUGCUUUAUAUUAUAAAAAUAAAUAUAUUUUGCGUUUCA